AUGGGGCAGGGACGAAGUGCCAAAAGUGUUAGCAACUUUGCCAUAUUUCUGUUGAUUUUGUUCGCACAAAACUGUGGCCAGGCACGCAGCCACGGGCGUGAUGGAUUAGCAAAGUUGGAGUUUAGCGGCCGGGCUACCCCUGUUUUUAAUUUUGCAAAAAUAUACCAAACUUUGUGUGCGCAACUGCUGCCGGCCACGCCUCGCCGGGAGUUCAAAGGGCGUGUCCUGGUGCGGGGGAAGCCCAUGUUCCAUGUUUUCGAUCAGCUGCAGCAGGACUUCGAGGCGAAAUGGCGGCGCACAACUACUGUGAAGCCAUUUAGUAUCCUCCAGCACUUGGAUUGGGAGCAGGAGCAGGAGGCUAACCGCCUUCAAACCCACUCAAACGCUAGUUUCGAUAUACUGGAAGAAUUGUACAAGGAUCAAAAGGCUUAUGCACGAAAGACCACAACCAUAAAGCCCUUUCAUGUGCUGCAAACACUUGAAAAGGACCUGAUCAAGGCGGAUAAGCACACCACCACCGUUAAGCCUUUUCAUAUUCUGGGAACUCUUGUGGAGGAUUUCAUAAAAAAGGAUCGGAAAGACGGUUAUCUGGUGCAGAAACCCAUAAAAUCCACGGAACCCCUUGCUGAACACAAAGCCGAGCUAAAACCGCAAUCCCGCGCAAAGGAAAGUCAAAAGCGGAGACGGAAACGCAUUCGCCGCAGAAGAAAACGAAUUCGCCGCCGCCGGAAACGGACCCGCCGACGUCGCCGCAAGAGGCGGAAGAAGAAGCGAAAUAAGCGCAAGAAGAAGAAGUACAAGGGCGGUAAAAAGAAGAAGGGCAAGCGGAAGCGGAAGCGGAAGAAGCAGCAAAAGCCCGAGGAUCACGAGCAGCACUCGAUUUUCCAGCCGGCUCAAUUGAUCUUCGCCAAUCCCACCAAGCAACCGUAUUACCACCCCCAUCCGCACGGAUAUCCAUAUCCUCCGGCUAACCAGAUGCAUGUUCAAACUCUACCCACAGCUUUAUUGGCCGCCGUGACUACCAAGAAACCGCAUACGGUGACCACCACCUACCGUCCCUUCAGCAAGAUCAAGUAUCUCCUGAGACACAACAGCAUCUUCAAAAAGAAGAAGAAGGAGUACCUCAGCCACGUCGGCCAGGUGCUGUAUCCAUUUGUCAAGUUUGUGGCUUUCUUCACGGUCCUCAACCCCUUUACCUUGGGCGUUUUCCUGUUCACCCUGAUCUCCCCCGCCGUCUUUGGAUUCCUGGGCUUCGUAGCUCUGAGUGUGCUAGUCAAGCCCUUCCUGCAUCUGGUGUUUGGGGUCAAACGAAACGUGAACGCCUUCGAUCGCCGCAGGUGGCUGGCCCACAAGCAGGAGGAGAAGCUUAAGCUGGCCCUGAGGCCGGUGACCAUUCACAAGCACUUUUACCAGCAGGGUCCGGUACGAUCUGCUCCGCCCGUGAAGCUUCGUCCUGUGGGUCACUGGCGCAGAGAAGGAGAUGAUCCUGACACACAAAUGCCUCGACCACAACCAAUGGGAGCAGCUCCCAGGCGCCCACCACCCAUGAAUCGUUAUAACCCUUUGCUACCUGAACAUCACAAGGCUCUUAGCUACGAUCACUCGGAACAGCCUGGCAUCUUCCUGCGAUAG